GUUCCAGCACACUCGGGGUUAAACCGAAGUCGUGCGCGAGAUCCCACGUCUUCUCGCGGUGACAUCAUCUCACCUCUCGCACUAUAAAAGGUGAUCUCUGAGAUCUCGCGAUCUCUUCCCUGCUCCCAACAUGGCGGUGAGUAUCUGUGGGAGAUAGCGGCUCUGUUCGCUACAAUCCACUGCCAUCCUCCUUUCUCCGCUAAACCCGCUUUGCUCUGCCUUCCGACCCUGCUAGACGUAUGUCCUGCGUGUCCGUUGGCCCCGGUAUUGUGUGUCUCGGAGCUUUCCCCGGGGUGGAAGGCAGCUUGUCUGGACUAGUGCCUCUCAGCGGGUGCUCCGCCUGUGUGUCCAUAGCUGGGAGCGGGCAGCCUGCUCGGUACUCGUAUUGAGUACUGUAAGGGGGGGCUGUCAGUGUGCUCACUGUACGGCGUAUACGGGGUCGGUGUACUCAGUGCUCUGUCUGUAUAGGAGGCAGGCUUCCUGUCUCUGUACAUAUAUCUGUCUGGGUGACCGAUGGGCCCAGUCAGUGCUGGAGCAAUGUGUGCUCUAAUAACUAACAUUCCUUGGUCUGAUACUGGCAUAUGUUAACCAUGUCCCUGAGGGUAACUCACUGUCCCAAGCCUUGUCUCUUUGUAUAGCAGGCCCCCAUGGUUUUUAGUCACUGUAAGAAUGGUCGUGUUGCUUUUUUCUUCCUCUGCUACACAUGUGGCUUUUGUACAUGUCCAGGCUUGUUCAUUUAAGCUGCAAGCUGGUUUUCUGAAAAAUAUCAGCUGGAGCAUAUUUUUAACCCCUCUCGAAAGUCCAUGGAGUAGUGGCUGCUUUUGCUCUAGAUAAUCUAACUGUUGUUAGUUAUCUAGUUUUGGUUGCAUUUUAGAACAAGGUACUGACUUAACAUUCUAUUUAAUACAAAGUUUGCUAGAGGUCACGCCUGUUAAGUUGACUUUAGUUAAAGGACCACUAUAGUGCCAGGAAAACAAACUCGUUUUCCUGGCACUAUACAACCCUUGGGGCCGAAGGGGUUAAAACCCCUUCAGUUACUUUAAUUCAGUGCCAGGUUCCCUUGGCGUUUGUGACCUUUCCUGCCUGCUGAGUGGAGCGUAAUGCGCAUGCCCCGCAAGAGCUGCAUGCAUUCAGUCCAUAGGAAAGCAUUUCUCAAUGCCAUCCUAUGGAUGCUCUGAAUGCGAUUUUCGCAUACAGUGUCGUAGAAGCUGCUGUCAGGAAGACCACCCCUAAAGGCUGGGUUAACCCUGCAAUGUAAACAUAGCAGUUUCUCUGAAGGGUUAAAACCUGAGGGACCUGGCACCCAGACCACUUCAUUGAGCUCAAGUGGUCUGGGUGUCUAUAGUGUCCCUUUAACUACAUUACUAACCACACUGAUAGUCUGUUCAUAUUUAGAGAGUUAGGCUAAAUGUAAAGCAUGAAUGCCACUGUUAUCCAUUGUGGUUCCACACUUGCUCCUAUAAAGUUUUAGUCCCAUUAAUCAGCUGGACAUAUACACUGCUAUUCACCCUAAUUGACAAAUCAACUAGUACUACUUGGACAACAAAACCAUGCCAAUGUGGUAGCUCAGUGGGUUAAUGCAUUAUCCAUAGAAUCUGUACAACGCUUGGCAGGUUUAUUUCGUGGCAGGAUUGACUCAGCCCAAUAUCCUUCCGUGGUAGAUAAAAUGUGUUUGUAUGUUGACUGUAAACCAGCAUGACUGCAACUUUAUCAAAAGUAUGCUUUAUGUGAACAAUCUUCUUGUAUCUGCUAAUGUAAAGGGGCACUAGUCACCAGAAUAACUACAGCUUAAUGUAGGGGUUCUGGUGUCUAUAGCCUGUCCCUGCAAACAUUUUAAUGUAAACACUCUUUUCAGAGGAAUGGCAUGAUUUACAUUGCUGCCUACUCUAGUGGCCAUUCUUUGGCUACUAGAGAUGCAUCCUGGGUCGUUGCAUCCCUGAUGAGGUUCUUCAUGCUCUGCAUGGAGGUGCUGAACGUUCCCCUAGAACUAUAUUGACUCAAUACAGUUCUGAAGAGAUGCUGAUUGGCAUAGUGUUUUGCCGCACAUGCGCAACAGUCUCACAAUGUCUUCCUAUGGGAAAGUAUUAGAUUGACAGAUAAAGCUUGAUGAUCUCUGCCAAGGGGACAGCGCCAGCUGCCAUGGGAUAGCACAGCACCUGAGAAUAGUGAGUAAAAUCACUUAACUUUUCACAGGUGAUGUAAACUGUUAUUUUAGAACUAUAUAGUCAGUGAUAAAUGUUUGUAUUCCUUUAAUGAAUGAGAAGCUUAAGUAAAUACUGCAUGCAUUAACAUUUCAGUCGGACACUGCAUGUUAUAGGUAACUUUCACCUCGAAUGUCCCGCUAAGUGCAUAAUUAUGUGCUUUUGAUUGUGGCAAAGCUGGGAAUACAUAUAUAUACAAUAAACUACAUAAUACAAAAGUGGUCCAUUGUGGUUUUGAACACUUCAUACAGUGACUGCCACAUUACAUGUGAAGACUUGACAUGAAAUUGAACAUGAAUCUCUCUAACAUGCAAAUUAAGUUACAUUGUCUUCCUAUUUUCUAUAGGAUAAAUCUGAGAAAGAAAACCCAAUGCGUGAGCUGAGGAUCCGCAAGCUCUGCCUGAACAUCUGUGUUGGUGAGAGUGGUGACAGACUGACCCGGGCAGCCAAAGUGCUGGAGCAGCUCACUGGUCAGACUCCUGUUUUCUCCAAAGGUGAGCUGCCAUAUUUAUGUAACAAAUGUAACAACUGUUUCUGAAGGCUUACAAGAAACACAAUCAAAAUGUGCACCAUACUCUGCUGCUCUGUUGUAUGUAGUGAUGUGGGUGACAAACAUUUAAUAACCUUUUACAGCGCGUUACACUGUCAGAUCCUUUGGUAUCAGGAGGAAUGAAAAGAUUGCUGUUCAUUGCACAGUGCGUGGAGCCAAAGCUGAGGAGAUCCUGGAGAAAGGACUUAAGGUAUUGACACAAGUUUGCGUUGCACAAGCAUGAUGUAGAUAAAAUGCCCAAUAUGUAAACAUAAUGAAAUUAGAGUACAAAUAUAGUAAAGGAUAGUAAUUUAAAAUGGCAGUUACAAAAUGUUUGUUCCUAUGUGGAUGGUGAAAAAUGACUGUAUCACCAAAGCAUCAGCUAAUGGUAUUUCUCAAAUACCGGUUUGAAUAAUUACUUUUUUUAACUGCAAUAAUUCAUCACUACAGAAAUAUAUAUUUUUAUUUCAUCCCUCAGUCCAUAACUCACUGAAUAUUGUCUUUGAAUACGUGCAUUGAUGCAGGGCUCAAAAUAUCAUCUUGCCCAUAGACUAUGCAAGUGAAAGUUAAGCCUUGGCAAACAAUUUCCACUAUAAUCCAAACUAUACACUCCAGGAGGAAUCCAACUUUUUAAGGCCUGGCUAGUAGACCACAACUACUAACAGGUCUUCAAAUUAGUCCUAGGCUGUCUGUUCGCUGUUCCCCUGCUUUCCCGCAAGGCUUCAGUGAUUGUAGCACUCCUGCUUACCCAAACAUCAGUCGAGACUUUAUAAAGUAAAAAACUGGUUUUAUGAAGCCUGGUCACCUGGGUAUAUACCUGACCCCUAGCAUGGGCUCCCUAUUCCUGACACCAUAAACCUGCUCAGGAAUCUGUCUUGGAGAUAAGGGUCUUUGCUUAAACCAGUUAUUUCCUGGACACAGUAUAAUUUAUAAACAUACUGAAAACCGGUCAGAGCCCCCACAUGUUGUAUCCCUGGAGACCCCUGAUCUGAGCACCCAAGUUGUCCAAAUAGUGAUCAGAUCUAUGCUCUGUAGCCAGAUCACUACAAGGGUAAUAUUUUGACCGACCACACACAGGCGAUGCCAAAAAUAGUUCCACAGGAAUUGUACUUGUUGUCUGUCAAUUGUCAGGAGCACCUGUGUCUAGACCAAUGCGGGCUCUCCCUGACUCUGGGAGCAAUUGGUCACCAUAGUCUAGGGUACUUCAAUUACCAGUCUCCUGGUUGGGAAAAGGGAAAAUGGAAAAUACACGUGGUAGAGUGAUGGUUUGCAGCCUGGUAACUCUGGUACUGUUCGGUAGGAACAAAAUGGCUGCCCUUUGUCAGACUGUACUUUGGUAUAAAAGUACUGAACUCGGAGAAAUGGUUUGUUCGAGCAAAGUGUAAACUUCAGGAAUGUUGUUCAUAGCAGUUAUAUCAGUCAUCUGGCACUCUAUUUGGCAUUGCAUCUAAUGGUACAGAAAGGGUUAACUCUGGUCACUUAUCUAAGUCAAGUGCUAAUGUCCCUGGUGCUUGCUCUAGCUCUGCCAACACUACCCUGCUUGGAGACCUAAUGCUCAUGCAGGGCAGUGGUCGUGUUUGCUUAUAAGACUUUCCUAUAGUGCUUUACAAGAUGCUAGAUGUAUGCAUGUCAGCAUCAAGUGACCAAAUAUCACAUAACGACCCAGAAGUCCCUCUAGUGUCCAGUAGAUAACUCCUUGAGGUGGAGUUAACCCUUACAGGUAAUUAUUGAAGUUUAUUAUACUUCAAUAAUUACCUUUGUACAGUUAAGGUCACCUGGGACUAAGCGCUUUAAUGAGUUGACGUGGUCUGGGUGCCUAGUGUUCCUUUAAAAGCAGUCGAUUCUUAUGCAUUGGCGUAUACCCUCUCUGUAUCCUCUCAGCCAACUAAUGGUGUCAAGUUUGUAUGCUAACCAAGUUAUUAACUUUUCUUGGACUGAAAGGACUUUGGUUCGCCAGAGGUUGGUGUGAAACGUUUUAUAAAAUGAUUAUUGUAGAAUUAUGCCAAACUCCUGGUGCUAUAUGUGGGGGUUUGUAAACUGUCAUUAUGCCUUACUUGGCAACUUAUUCAUCUUUAGGCAAAAUGUUCUUGUAACUUCAUCCUACUAUCAAAGUGUAGUUAUGGUAAAAUGUGACUGGCCUUGCUAUCUUAUAGAGUACAUUGCACCAUUGAUAAAGCUGCCUUUGCAUCCUAGAAGUCUAAACAUUACUGUUGGCUAUUUAAACGGUUAGGGCUAUAGGAUAAUGUCCCUGCUUUCUUACUACAUAAUAUAUUUCUAAGGAAGUAAGCCUGGAAACUAGCAGAGCACCAUAAGAAUUUCAGUGCGCUGAAAUGGUUACUGUAUUCCUUGUCUCCCUGUCUUGUCUCAACCUAAUCAUGAAGUUGAAAACAAAUUGACUCCCUUCCCUCUACUCAAGUGCUUGGGUGUAACUUGGCAGACCCAAAUUCCAAAUUGUGUGCUUUAAGGACUGAAUUUGAACCCUAGUAGGUGGAUACUUGUUCAUUAGAGUGCCCAUGCUACAGAUGCAUUUGUAUUGGCAAUCCUUAAUGUGUGACCACAUUAUGUGAAGUCCUUCAUUCCUUAAAAGUCAAUAGAGUACACUGAACACUUAAUGUUAAAAAAAUUCUCAACCCUGACUUAACAUUUAGAGAAAUAAAGUUAUUAUUUUAACUGCAAUGAAAAUAACAUGACAUUACCAUUACCAGGUCAGAGAAUACGAAUUGAGGAAGAAUAACUUCUCUGAUACCGGAAACUUUGGGUUUGGAAUCCAGGAACACAUUGAUCUGGGAAUUAAAUAUGACCCAAGCAUUGGAAUCUAUGGAUUGGAUUUCUAUGUGGUAUGUUGCACUGUUUAUCAAACUUUUCAGUAUUUUUCUAGCCUCAAUAAACAGAUUGGUGUGCACUGGUAACACUUCUAUAGUUUUAAAUGGUUACUCUAAGCAUUUCUGUUUAACACACAGAAUAACUGCUAAUAAGUGUGUGAGUAACAUGCUUUGCAUUCUGGUGACAUCAAAUGUCUUGAUCUGGAAGACAAACUGGGUUUUUUUGGUCCAAUUAGUUUAAUGAAUGACCGGGCACAGGCUAGGUCAGACUUUAACAGCAGGGUUCUCUCCUAAACUGCUCCAUUGUUAACACUAGCAUGCUCAAACUAAGUGUGGUAGCCACUACAUUGAGCUGUAGGUUUAUGGUCUCUAUUGGGGGGAGAGAGGGGCUAGAUCCCCCCCAACCAUUUUUUUCUAAAAUGGAAUCUUAGUAUGCCACAUUGCUGUAUCUGGCACUAAUCUGAAACAUGUCUGUGUUUUUUAUUUUUAUUUUUGCAAUGACUUGACUGCCAUAACUGAACUGUGCAUUCAUUAAAUUCUUAGUAUACACUUAAAAUAACAGAUCAGGGCAUGGCACUCAUAAGGGUUUAUGUUAAACCUUUAGCCUAUUGUAUAUUUAAGUAUUAAAAUGGCAAAAAAAUAAAUUAAGUAAACUUGCUUGGUGAAUCUGUUUGCAGCUGCAGUCAGACCACUCACACUAGGACAAAAAGCUACAUUAAAGGCAUAUCUAGUCUGAAGACUGAUACUAUUGUCCUGCUGACCCAGAGAUUCUGGAGUAUUGACUUAAUACUUAUACAAUCAUAGGAUUGCAACUACACAACAUAACUAUACUAUGGCUGCCAUCCGGUUAUAAACAGCCUAGUGAACUUUUUUUUUUAUAAAUACUGGUACACUAAGGGACAACAGAUGUGUGAAAGUUAAUCCUUGUGGGAUUUUUUUGACAAAUUCACCCAGGAAUGAGUGCUCAGUAAUGCACUGUUACACUUUAACAAUUUUCUGAAGUUUUCAGUAUCUUGUUCAAUGUGAGAUGUAAAUGUUUCUAAAAGGGUUUUGGUGUGUGUUUUUUAAACAUUGAAUCUCUGGAGGGGUCAUUAUUUACAUCUUGUACCUUACAGGUCUUGGGCCGGCCUGGUUUCAGCAUUGCUGAUAAGAAGCGAAAAACUGGCUCAAUUGGCGCAAAGCACAGAAUUGGCAAAGAGGAGGCAAUGCGUUGGUUUCAGCAAAAGGUAAACAUUUUUCCAUAGAAAAGUGGGCAUUCACAACCUGUGGAGUAAGAUUUUUACAGUACUCUUAAAGAACACUUGGUCCAAAACUGGACUUAGUCCAAAAUUAAGUUAUUGGAUAUACCCAUUAGAAACAUGCAGGCUUUUUUCUUGUUUGGGUUAGUGUAAAAUGGUUUGCAAAUACAGCCAACAAGAGAUCUGCAGUUUUGCAAGACCACCAGUCUUCCACAGACUAGUCUCUAUUUCAGUAAGUGCGUGGGCACUGCUGAUUGUCUGAGCAGUCAGCUGACAAAUCUGGCACAUUUAUUUUCAAGCUAGCUCUCAAUGGUAAGUCACUGGCUGAAGGUGGCAGCUGACCGCUCUCAGCUAAUAAGCGGUUCCCUUGCUCGGCAGCAUACCGGAGACUUCCAAAACCAGAUGCUGUUAGUUGAGAUCAGCAUUGGAGGCUCACUUUGUGGCUAAACCAUACUAAAACCAUAUAACUAUUGAAAAUAAAAGCACCCAGUGGCCUCCUGGCACCAUAACUUUUUCGAUGUUAUGGUGAUCAGUGUUCCUUUAAGAUGGCAUUGAAAAUUAAAGGAAGUUGCACACUAUCUAUGCUAAUAUACUCCAUAAAGAAUCCUACAAUGGAGUGACUAAGAUUAAAUGAAAUGUUCCAACAUUCAUUGAGUCUAGUAAGAUGAGCCUAAUGGGGAGUCAUGAGGGUGCAUUGAAUGUGAAAUCUGGGAUACUUGCCAGUUGAUAAAGUGGACUGUGCAGUUCAAGUAUUAUAUCCUUUGAUCAAAAUUUAGGCACCCUUCAGACAUCACAAACAGACUAAAGUUUGUAUUGAAGGGCAGACUUUUCUAGUACCCUACUUUGCAUAUUGCAGGGACAUUGUUUAAAGGUGUCAAGGUGGACUUUGCUUAGUGGAAUAGCAACAAAGUCAUGAUCUUGUAGACUCUCCUAAGGAAUGUGCAUAGGUGUAAAGUGAUAUUGCCCAUACUAUGUGUAGAUUAAGUUAUUUUAUCUUAAACUUGCUGAAUUGGUGCAGAUAUCAAUUUAGUUUUUUUACUACUUUGGUUAUAUUUGCCAUGUUGCUAACAGUGGUAGGUCACGGUCAUAGGGGACUACUGCAUUAUUUGAAAUUAUGAUGGGUUUUACAUGUAUUUUACUAGACUUGUUAAAAGCUAUCUAGGACCGCUUACAGAUUUGUUUUUAUGGCACACGCAUGUUAAUGUAACAGUAUUGUUUCCUGACCUAAUAGACUGAAUUUGUGUGCCAAAUGUCAUUCUUCAGAAGAAUUACAUUAACUGCCACUUCACGUGUGGCAUGUGUAUAAGUGUUUUGAGGAUCAGGCAUAGAAUAUCAUUCUCUAACUCUACAGACCUAAGUGAAUAUACUGUAAGCUACAGGUUAGCCUUCUAGUCAGAUUUGACAGGUGUGAAUGCCAAAUAUGUAUAUUUGGUUUAAUGGCCUCUAUCUGGGGGGCCAACCAAGCUUUCAGUGAUGGAUGUGUUCUGAUAUUACAAUUGUUACUAGAAUCAUGGGGUGGCCAUGGCUGGUUCACUACCUGCUAGAAUAAAGAGUGGCAUGCAGCAAGUAAGUUGUAUGUACUGUAGUUUCUAGUCUUGCUAGCUAAAGAAUGUAUUGAUGCAGUCUCUGUAGUUCUGCCACAGUUGUCACUUUAUUGGCAUGCAAAUAUUAAGGGUUUUUUGAUCAGUCAAAAUUACUUUUUGUUUUCCUAAGAAUAUAGAUCUCUAGUACACUGGCAUUUGCUACAAUCUGCUUCAUUUAGCAUGUAAUAAUCAGUGAUGGAAUACUUGCCUUCUUACUACACUCAUGGUACACAAAGGUGGAACAUCCUGUUCAGACUGCAGUAAUGGUAGUUUGCUUUUUCAGUACCUUUCCACUCAGAGCAGACUAUGAGGAAUUGUCACAAUGCAAUGGCUAACUGUUAAGCUAAACCAUUUUGAAGAUAGUAGUGCCAAUGUUUGCUGCACAGGUAAAUGUGUUUUAACACUGCUCUAAUUAUCCCUUAGUUCUUGUGAGGGAACACUAUCACCGCAUCAAAAUUUGUAGGAGUGCUAGACUGGAAUCCUUCUCUACAAUCCUAAUGAGGGCCAGAGGACUAAAGUCCAUCAAGGAGAUGUGUAUUUAAAGGGUUACUGCUAGGCAUCAUAGCUACCACUUGCUGUAAAGGUUGUGAUGCCAGGGCUAAGAGUAGCCUGGCCUCAUUUCCUGGUAACUGGGCAAAAAUAUUACUUUACCCUCUUACCAGAGUCUCCACCAGGUGCCCUCUAUGGCUGACAAAAAUCUGGCUUUUGCAGAGCUGCAGAAGCAAGAUGCCAUUCAUUGGGUGAGCAUCAGUUGAGUCUGUCAACAAAUGCUACUCUGCAUAUGCACAAAAUAAACGGCUUGGUUAACACCCGUUGAAGCUGCCAAAGGCAACAGAGGUUUAACUUUAUAACUGCAGUUUCUCUAUAAAAUGGCACUCAAACAUGACCACUUCAAAUAACUUGAGUGGUCUUGGUGUUUGAAGUAACCUUAAAGCACCAAAAUAUUGGUUACACAUUCAGAAGUUUAGAUCCUGUUCUACUUUGCAAUUGUAUAUUGUGGAGGGGAUUACACCACAUGCAUGGAUACUCUCAAAGUCCUUUCUGUAUGUAUCAGCUGACAAAUGAGGAUACAGAAAUGCAGCUGCUGAUGACAAUAUAACACUGUUUUAAGUUGUCUUGAAACACCAUUAAAUCUAAAUGUGUGUUUUUUUUUUUUAAUACACUAUAAGCUACACACACCAGGUUAACUCUACAGUUCAAUGUUUUCAAUAAAGUGUUAAUUCUGAAUUCUCUUUUCUUUCUCACAGUACGAUGGAAUCAUACUCCCUGGAAAGUGAGCUGCUUCUGUCUUCAAAACUCAAUAAAAAUUUCUGAUAAAACUUUACUGCAUCUUUUGUUUUUUUUUUAAUUGCAACUUAAAAUUUGUAAACAUG